ACGUCAAAGGAGCCGCGAUCAGCGCGCAUGCGCGGCAAAGCAGAGCGGCAGCCGCAGCACGGAGCAGUGCGCGAAACAACAGCAGACAUGGCAAGAGAUGGCGAGGGACGCGAGCACACUGACACCAUGCACUGCUGAAGGGACGGGGGCCUUAACAUUUCAAAAAAAUUACAAAACUUUAUAAAACAUAGAAAAAGGGAAGAAAAAAAUCAGGAAAGAACGCAAAGAAAAAAUAUUUAAGAUUACAACAGAACUUUUCCAAUGAGAGCACUUCUGUGGACACUGCUCCGCUAUAUCAGAUAGAUGAUUUGUCCACACGCUUGCACGUAUAAUGAACGCCCAGCUGUCGAUGGAGAACAUUGGCGAUCUGCACGGAGUGAGCCAUGAACCCAGCGCGGCGGAUCUCAUGACCGGAGACAGCGCUCAUCACAGGAGCCAUCGGAGCAGUCUGUCAGCCCAUGCGCGCUCCAUGGGCAUGGCAUCAAUCCUGGACAGCGGCGACUAUCAUCACCACCGGCCCCCGGAGCACCCCGGGCUCGCCACGCACCUGCACCCGGCCAUGAGCAUGGCGUGCGAGGCUCCCCCCGGGAUGAGCAUGAGCAGCACCUACACCACCCUCACCCCGCUGCAGCCCUUACCGCCCAUCUCCACCGUCUCCGACAAAUUCCCGCACCACCAUCAUCACCAUCACCACCACCACCACCAUCACCCGCACCAAAGGAUCCCGGGGAACGUCAGCGGGAGCUUCACCUUGAUGAGGGACGAUAGGGGUCUGGCCCCGAUGAACAACCUCUACUCUCCCUACCACAAGGACGUGGCCAGCAUGGGACAGAGCCUAUCGCCCCUGUCUGGAUCCGGACUGAGCGGCAUUCACAACUCCCAGCAGGGGCUGCCGCCCUACGCGCACCCCGGGGCCACCAUGCCCGCCGAGAAGAUGCUCACACCCAACGGAUUCGAGGCACACCACCCCGCGAUGUUGGCUCGACACGGGGAGCAGCACAUGAGCGCGUCUUCGGCGAGCAUGGUGCCGAUCAACGGCAUCCACCAUCACCCGCACGCCCAUCUCAACGCCCAGGGCCACGGUCAGGUGCUGGGCUCCACCAGGGAGCAGAACCACUCCUCCGCGCCCGGAUCGCAGCUCAACAACGGCAGCAACUCGGGACAGAUGGAAGAGGUCAAUACCAAAGAAGUGGCCCAAAGGAUCACCACGGAACUGAAAAGAUACAGCAUCCCGCAGGCUAUCUUCGCCCAGAGGGUGCUGUGCCGCUCGCAAGGGACGCUUUCGGACCUGCUCCGGAACCCUAAGCCCUGGAGCAAGCUCAAGUCUGGCCGGGAAACCUUCCGCAGGAUGUGGAAAUGGUUGCAGGAGCCUGAGUUCCAGAGAAUGUCCGCGCUCAGGCUCGCAGGUGAGAGAACAAUAGCGUGCAAGAGAAAGGAGCAGGAGCACGGUAAAUGCGAGCGGGGGAGCAUCUCCAAGAAGCCCCGGCUGGUCUUCACUGAUGUCCAGCGUCGGACUUUACAUGCAAUAUUCAAAGAGAACAAGCGCCCGUCCAAAGAGUUACAAAUCACCAUCUCUCAGCAGCUGGGCCUGGAGCUCGCCACUGUCAGCAACUUCUUCAUGAACGCGCGUCGACGGAGCCUCGAUAAGUGGCUGGACGACGGCAGCUCCAACUCGGCCAACUCCUCCUCCUCCAGCACUUGUACCAAAGCAUGAUGGAGUAGUGGCUGCAUUAUGGGAAGAAAAAAAAAACAUGAAAGAAAAAAAAAACUUCGGUGGAAAAGCUUUAAACAAAGAAACUUAACAAGAGACAAUUUUAGACAGCGUUUGCCCUUAAAACUUGUACAGUACCGAUAUUUAUAAUAUCCAAAGAAAAACACCAAAGACUGCGUUGACCCCCAUUUAGGACUUUCUUCGUUUAUGUCUGACAUUCUGCAAAAAAAAAAAAAAAAAAGAAGUUACACUCACCAAUCACUGGUCGUUCCUCAUCUCAACACACUCCCCUAACUGGCGUCUUUCUUUCUCAUGUGAUCGGUUGCUUUCAAAGACUUUUUCUCAUCAAUGAUUGGUCAUUAUCGCAAAUGUGGAGUGAUUGUUAUUCGCUCUGAUGUCAGAUUCCAGAUUUUGCGACGUCACUGAGGGGCUUGACCAGCAGGUGUAAAGCCUGACGUCACACAUUCACCUCUAUAGGCAUCCCAGAUGUUGCCAGGGAUGCCAAAUAUAAUCAGGUGGUGUAGAAUCUUGACAAAGGUUGCCUGAAUGUCACCCUCAGGAUAGUGCUUUCUUCCUAAUUGUUGGAAAAGUUCCAUAGAAACCUAAAAAAUACAUGUGAACUUGCCAUCUUCACUACUUAUCAAUCACAGAUGGUAGAACCAAAGAAACACAUGUAUUUUGUUUUUUUUUAUUUUGUUUUUUUAAAUCAGACCAAGCUAUAUUUAUUCCUCUUAGCAAGACCCCCGUGACUGUCCUAAUCAGGUGACUCAGUAAAUGUAUUAUGGACUGUGGUUUCCGUAGCCAUUUACCGUAUAAUUUGUUCUCUUGUUUGUCCUAAAACAAACUCAAUCACUAGCCAAACAUGUCUCUGUGCCCGCACCCCAUUCCUGCCUCAGUCCUUUCUUGUGAUUAUUUCAGGGAGAUUUUUGCUAGCUUUAACCUGCCUUUUUUACCUGUAUUUGAAAUAUUUCAAUGCCAGUUGCUGAAAACCAAAGAUAAACUUACACAAACCAGCACCUGUCACUGUUUCAUACCCACAUCCAUCAGUCAAACACAACUUAUUUUUAGGAGUUUCGCAGACUCUCAUUUAAUGAGGCUGAAGAGACUUCCCGUUUAUCGUUAUUAGCUUUGUCUGGGGCAAAUGCACACGCGUGUUAAUUGUCAUUAGAGGAAGCAGGAGGAAAUUCAGGUUGUUUUGUGUGACAUUUCAUUUCAAACUUUCAUUGCAUACGACCAACUUUCUCAUCCUCAGAAUGAUAAUGUCCAGAGAAAAAAUGUUCGAUUGACUGGUGGCUGUCAGCAUGCUUUCACAAACCCAUAAGCCAUGCACCGUCAUAUUAGAUUCAUUGGGUUCAUUUCCCAUUAAGCUCUCGAUAGAAGGCUAUUUCAUUGUCUAAUGCAUCAUUUUCACGGCAUCGACCAUCAACACCACCGCAGAGUCCCCAUCCGGGCCCGAACCCAAUACCCCAGUAAGAGAGAGGGAGCGCAUUCUAUGCAUUUCACAACUAGGAAGAAAGCAUUAUGGAGACUGAAGCAGGGUGAUGCAUUCGCUUCAUAUAAUAGACUCACUCAAACUCACAAGAUAUCUGGCCUUGUUGUCUCUUGUGGUGUGUUUUAGCUUUAAAAAUAUAUUUGGUAUUUACAACUAUUACAACAUCGAAGCAUAUAUAAAAGAGCGCUGCUUCCUCAUGUAGAAAAGAAGAAAAAAAAUGACAAAAAACAUGUUAAGACCUGCUGAUAUUUAUAGUGUGAACCAAAGAUGCUACCUCAGUCCGUUUCCAUUCGUGAUUUCUAUCAACGUAAUGAUACCAAAGAAUACCAAAGAUUUGUUCUCUUUGCACGGCCUAAAUGAAUGAUAAGGUGGAUGGAUAGAUGGUGUGUUUCCACUCCUUCCCCCCUUUUUCCUCCUCUCCUUCGCUCUAAUGCUCUCUACCACUCAUCCGUGCUUAUGUAACAGCGCCCUCGGCAGACAUGUGUUAAACUCACAGGACGAGUGCCUUGCUUGAACCAAAGUGUUAAACCGCCGUUGACCUCUCGACACCCACCUUUUAACUCUCGGAAUACCUCAGCCUGUGGAAGGGCCACUGAUGAAGAAAAAAAAUGGAGUAUUUCUUCUCUCUCACCGUGGUGCUUUUGCCAGUGCAACCAUGCAAUGAAAACAUACCAAAGGAAUUGCUCUUGCUUUCUCCAACUCUUGCUGACAAACCAAAGCUCCUGCCACCUCCCUUUGAAAGGCCCUGCCAAAUCUGCCGCUUGCCCCGACCCCUCGCCACGUCGCCCGUGGGUGCGUCCACCGAUUAGGCCGUGCACGUCUUUACCAAUAUCUGAAUACCUCAUAGUAAUAAAUUUUCACAGUUCUGUUGUAUAGAGAGUUUAUGUGAUUAAGGCAGAACUGAACUAGUUUGGUAAUCAUUGAUGUGACUUCGGGAAAAAAAGCUUUAUGAGUAUUUAUUUUGACGGUUUUGGCUAAAGUGCUCCGUUUUGGUCACCAAAGGCGAGUUUCUGUGAUAGCAGCCUGAAACUUGCAGGAAGGAAAAGAAGCUUAUUUUUUAUUAAAGCCUUGUGUUAUUCUGAUACUCUAAGGAUGUUUGACUAUUCUUUUUUACAGGGUAAAACCAACUGCUGUGAUUCUGUGUCUAUUCGUUCACUUUCUUCUACUACUGUGUUGUGAUUUCCGUUUAUUUAAUUGCAUUUUUGUAUCGCUUAACCUAUGUUUUAAUUUAUGUAUUUGUAGAAAAUAUAGAUUUGUACAUAGUAGGUUUUUUGGGAAAAAAACAACAAAACAAACAAAAAACAAAACAAAAAAGUGGACAUUCAUUUUAUUUUACAGCCUUAUGUCUGAAGUGUAGAUAUAUCGAUGAAUUUCCAUUCCUCUGUGUUUGUAUGUUAGAUGGCACUUUGGCCCAUGUACUAAUACACUGCCAGAGAUCUGAACGGUCCUACAGAGACCUGCGAAGAAAAGCAGUGUAUGAUGUUUUUUAUUUGAUCUUUUUUAUGUUAUUUAAAUGUCCAGAAUGAUUUUGUUCUUUGUAUUUCAAAUCAUUGUUUUAUGGGUAUUGCUGCACAUCCAAAGAUUUUCUAACCAAACCAAAAAGUGGGAAGGGGGGAGGGGGGGACGAAGGAAAUUAGUGUAAUUUUUGCAUAAGCACUGGCGUUUGUGAGGUCUUUUGCUGUCUGCACGGGUAUGAAUCAAUAGAAGGCAUAGUGGGACAAUGUAGAUGAGCUUAGUUCAACUUAUUGUGGGCAUAAACAGUACAAUCUGUGGCU